AUGUCUUGCUCGGAAAACGUAGACGAGAAGAGUUGUAAUUUUUUCGAAACACCGUUAAUACCGUCUUGCUCUAAAGCGAAUCUUCAGAGCUGUUAUUUUUCUGAGACUAGGGAUCACUCGUAUAUGCGUUACCAUAAAUACGUUUGGAAUAAUUUCUCAAAUCCUUGCGGUAAUGUCUCAACGUCUACGUUCAGCGAAAAUAAUCUGCCAUCAUUUUAUGUCGCGAACAAUCAGUUUCCUGAUAUGAACCGAAAUUGUCGAAUGCACAGGUGCGAGCAAUAUUUGCAUCACAAUUCUAGUCUCGAUGAAAUGAGUGUAAUUGACGAAUCAAUAGGAAAAAGUGAUGUAAAUUCCACGGUGGAAUCUGUGAAAAGCCAGGAUCGUCAUGCGUGUACAUCUGCGUCGGCGUCUUCUGCGUGGGAAGUCCCAUCGUGUGAAAACGAUGGACCAAAAAGUGUUCUGAAUGAACUGAAAUAUCGUUCAUGGCAAGAUUCUUACGCGAUUGAUGUAAGCGACAAUUCUUUUAACAGCGAUGCAUGUUCCGAAGAACGAGAAGAGCAUGAGAGAAAUAAAAGAACCGGCGACAAACCUCGCAAGGAGAGGACAGCAUUUACGAAGUAUCAAGUUCGUCAUCUUGAACACGAAUUCGCGCAUAGUAAUUACCUCACACGUUUACGCCGUUAUGAAAUAGCUGUUGCUUUGGAUUUAACAGAACGCCAGGUGAAGGUCUGGUUUCAAAACAGACGCAUGAAAUGGAAGAGGGCGAAAACGGGAUUAGAGAAAGUGAAUGGUUCUUAA